AUGCCCCCCGGCUCUGGGCUGGCACCGCUGCAGGGACAGCAGGCCCUCACCCCGGCACUUUCUCGUUCUCCUCUGGAGCUUUUUGGCUUGGAAACCAGUGUGCCAGCCUGUGUGGGAACAGCCGGCCGCCCCACGGCUGGACGGUGCGGGGCAGCCCGAGGGCUGCUGCUGGAGUGGAAGCCGGCAGGCCGGCCAGGGUCCCAGGAUCUGGGAAACUCGUUCUGUGCCCGAGGAGGGGCCGCAGCAGGGUCGGAGCCGGCCUGGGCCUCGCUGGGCGCUUGCUUCCUAAGAACCUGCUCGUCCGACAGGACUGAUGCGCUCGCUGGAAAGAAGCCAUGGAUCGGGGGUGGAGGGGGCUCGGUGCUCUGGGGCAGACCGGCUGCAGGGCAAGGGUGGAGGGGAGGCUGCCCCCAGCACCUCCUUCACCCUCCUACCCCGUGCCCUUCUGCUGGCUCGGCGGGUGUCUGGCAGUCACGCGGGGCAGCUGCCCCAGACCUGCCCGCCUCGGCCCCAUCUUGCCACUCCUCCCCGCCUGCUCCCAGGACAGCGGUUGUGCAAAGAAGCCCCACACGUGAGCUGGCAUCAGCGAGACGGCCAAGGAGGCUCUGGGCCUCGGACGCCGGGGCGGGAGCUCUGCGUCAGGUGACGCGGGUGUGGAGCUGGGGCCCUGGACUCGCGGGACCACGGAAAGCGCCGUGUGAGAAGAGGCCUCCAGGGGAAGGGAUGCUGGCUGACGGCGCUGGCUGCCGUCAGGGCCUACAGAGUGCCAAGGAGAGAUGCUUUGUGUCUGUAACUGGAGUAUCACUUUACCCGCCGGGGCAGCCCAUCAUCGCCUGCACACCGUGGUCUCCCUGA